UACAUCGCCAAGAAAACGUCUGUCUCGAGCAGCCGAAGUGUGACGUGUUCUACCCUAUCAGCGUCAUGUGAUAAGACCUUUUCUACCCUUUGAGAGCCACGGAUAUGUGGAAGAACGUUAUAAUAAGCCUGUUUUUAGCCGUGGGAUUCUGUCCUUAUGAGUGCGUCCGGCAGGAGAUGUUUUCAAAUGCAAUAUGGAAUGAAGCUACUAUUUAUGACUUUAUAGAAGAUGAUAUAUUUUUUGAAAUCAUCUAUCCUGAAGAACUAAGCUACACAUAUCGGCUGAGGCAAGCGAAGGACUUUGGGGUGUCUUUUAGUCAUGUACUUAAGAGCGUAAGACUUGUGUUAGCAGAUCCACUAGAAUGCUGUUCGUUACCCUAUAAUGCAAUGGAUCUGCAAGGGGCAGUUGCACUGGUAUCGAGAGGAGAUUGUUCCUUUGUCAGCAAGGCUGUAAAGGCGGAGCAGUCAGGGGCUAUUGCAGUCAUUGUUAUGGACAACAAUGCUGAUAAUGAUGAACUAUAUAUUGAGAUGGUGGAUGACAACACCAACAGGGAACCUGCAAUUCCAGCAGCAUUCUUGCUUGGUAGAAGUGGAUUCAUGAUAACGAAGACUUUACGUGAUAUGCACAUGGAAGCAGCUGUAAUCAACAUUCCUGUUAACCUUACAUCGGUACCGUUCCAUAAAUUAAAUCAGCCACCAUGGAUUCUGUGGUGAUAUUAGUCACUGUAGUCCAGUGAAUAUUGACAAAAAUGAUAAACAAGGCAUCUAGCAAACAUUUUGUAGUUCUGUUUCAUUUCAGCUCAGAUGUCACCUUCCUCACACUCAUUACUUCGGCUUUCCUCUGCCUCCUAUCACCUAUUUGCUCACCAGAAAGUGCCUCUAAAUAGUAAUUUAUUUAAAGACUAUUUAAGUUAAAAAAUAUAUUUAUUUCAUUAAAAGGGUUAUCUAAUUUGCCAUGUCUGUUUUCCCCAGGUUCAGGCAUUUGAUGUUACAGUUUGUGAAUACAUGUAAUUUAUUAAAGCAUGUAACUAAAUCAGGUUACAUUAACCAAAGGUUUUUCCCUCGUGUAUUUGGUAUUUUUGUCAAGUACUUGCUUCUAAUAAAUUCUGAAGUUGUUAGAAA